AUGAGCAUCAAUCGCUCUCCUCGAAGCUCUCACCGUUCAAGGAGAAGUACUUUUGUGGAUAGCGCGGCUCAAAAGGUUUCUUCUUCUGGAAAGGGCGAGGUCCUUUCUCGUGUUUACGUCGGCGCCAGCGUCACUGUAGCGACUCGUCCCCAGGAAGCUGAAUCUCCAUCAAGGGAGACCUUGCUCAAGAAAGUUGUUGUGUCCAGUCCAGAUGACACACGCGAUGAUUCCUCGUCCAAUGCCACUAUUGAAGAUACUGACGCGCGGGAUAGUAUGACAUUCGAUGCUCUCAUUGAAGCUCGUGCCUCCGCCGUUGACACCCCAGCAACAAUUGAGCAGCAUAGGGUAACAUUCGUGAAGGGCAAGGUAUAUUCGACAGUCAGCGAAGCUAGCGCCGCAGGAGAGGUACACAGACCCGACUCACAACGCUCAGAUGCCACAGAGGUAACCGAAGCGUGGACUCUAUGCGCAGAACAGGUGUGGAAGAGAGAGGAGCUGCUCGUCAAGAAGUGGAAGGACGAAAUCAGCAAUCUCCUGACUUUUACAACAAAGGCUGGUCUGUUCUCUGCCGCACUGACCGCCUUCAACGUCCAAUACUACGUCAAUCUCCAGCCGCAACCGCUCGAUCCCAAUACACUGGCCAUGCUUAUUAUGAUCGGCACUUUAGCACAGAUGAAUGACGGUACGGAUGCCAUGCAGCCGAUGAUCGCUGCCCUGAAUGCAUCUUCAUAUACCCCGGUGCCCGCUCAUGUCAUUUCGACAAACGUCCUCUGGUUCUCCGCCCUUGUCCUCAGCCUCAGCGCCGCUUCGCUCGCCAUCUCCGUCAGUCAGUGGCUUCAUCAUCACGUCGAUCGAGCGCCCUCACAGUCUCGUCAGAGCGUUAGGCUCUGGUAUUUCCGUCACUCGAUGUUCAAUGAAUGGAAUAAACGAUGGCUACAUACAUCGAACUGGAGGGACAUAGACGACAUGUCUGUGCGCAUUCAGCAGGAGAAUACUGCCGAGGCUCUUGACAUGCUCGCUGAGGCAGACGCUACUGUCAUGGACGAUGCGCUGCUGAAGUCUGCGGUUAGACCCUGCCUUCUGGAAGUAUCCCCUGUCGCGCCAGUUCUUCCUGUCUUCUACCGGAUUCUGGAGCACCGAGCACAGGAUGUCGAUAACCUAACCGAUCCGCCAACUUUCACCUGGUCGACGGGUGAGCAGGACGCCGCAGCGAAUGCAAUUUUGCGAGAGACGUGCGCUGAUCUCCUGGUUAAAUACCUUCCGGAGAUCACAGGCGAGGAAUAUAGGGUGAUCCCGCUCUUGCGUGUCUUUACGUCAAUGAUCAGAGCAGCGCCACUGGACGUGUCGCGCAAAAUCAUGGACAUAUCUUUGCAGUCGGUAGCACGACAGUGUCUCCAGAAGGAGUCCUCUGUCGCAUCCGUUCUCCCUGUCCUCUGCCAGGUCCUGGAGUGCCGGGCGCAAGGCGUGGAUAUUUCAACCAAUCCACCAACGUUGAUCUGGUCGACGAAUGAGCAGGACGUCGCGGCGAACACGGUCCUCAGAGAGAUAUGCAUUGACCUUCUGGCCAAGCAUACUCAAGAGAUCGGGAGCGGGGAGUUUAUGGGAGUGGCUCUUCUCCGAAAUCUGAUGUCGAUGAUCAAAGCAGCUCCCACAGACGUGGCGCGCACAAUCGUGGACAUCUCUCUUAUGGAGUCGGUCAUACGACCAUGUCUUCUGCAAGCACCCUCUGCGGAACCUGUUCUCCCUACCCUUUACCAAGUCUUGGAGUACCGAGCGCAAGGCGUCGAUACGUCCGCCGAGCUACCGACAUUGACGUGGUCGACGGAUGAGCAAGACGCGGCUGAAAUCACGUUUCUCAGAGACACGUGCAUUCACCUCUUCGAAAAAUAUGUUCGCGAGAUCGGGAACGGAGAGUUUAAAGAGAUUACUUUGUUGCAUCACUUGGCAUCAUUGAUCAAAUCUAUGCCGCCCGAUGCCGCGAUAACAAUAUCCUGUCAGAUCAUGGAGACCUUCCGAGCAUGCGAUUCUCGUCGUACAACGUGGGAGGAGCAUCAGAGACUUUGGGGUAUUUUACCUGUCGCCGCCAUGGGACAUCUCUCGUUAGAGGUGUUCACCAGGAUUACAUCGGAGGUAAACGAUACGGCAGAGCUUCACCGACAGCAAAUGCAGAUCAUUGAUAUCACGCAUCGUCUUGUUCAAAACAUUCCGCCAGACGGAUUAGCAGUCUUCCAUGACCUCAUUAGCUUAUUGCCUGCUGCAGAGCUGUCCCGAAAAGUCUUGGACAAUUUUGUAGGGAUCAUCUGGCACGUUGGUUGGAAAUUGAGACUGGACGUCGAGGACACCCGGAGGCUCGUCGCAUUCCUACCACACGCCCGCGAGCGGCUCAACACCAAAGGAUUCCUCCAGAUCACAGCUUCGACACUGCGGCACUGUGCACGACUCUCACCUGACGAUUCUUCUCGUCUUCGUUACGAUGUUUGUGGCGCACUGAACGUGUUUGUCCAGUACUUCAGCUCGUCUCGCAUAGAGAAGAAGAUCCGGACAGACGCUUGGUGGGAGUUCAGUCAGCUCCUCAGUGCAUGUAUCGAGCUCGCGCGAGUGGAUAAUGCACGACGUACUCGCGACGGUACGCUUUUUACUCAGGAUGUGGUCAACGCGCUGGAGCAUUAUGCAUCGCGAUGCCCCGAACACCCCAUACAUACAUAUUUGCUCAAGGAUUUGAUGGACGGGAUACACAGAAUCUCGGCCUAUCCUUCCAACUCCAAUGCCACCCACACCGUCACUGAGGCGACGGUCGGCACCGCACCAGCAUCGCAAGAAGAUGUUGUCGAGACCUGGAGGAAACAUCCUCGGACAGUCGACGUCGAAAGCAAUCCGAUGUAG